GACACCUCACAAUAGUUGUGUUGUCACACAAAUUUCUCGAGAUAAUCUAUAAUCAAGGGCAACUUCAAGAUAUCAGCGCCAUAUUGAUUCCUGCUGUGUACUUCAUUAUUAUCUACUGAUCUCUCAACUUUUCAUACUCCAAAUCCUAAAAUGCGCUUGCUAGAGUGCGAUAAUGCUGACGGAUAUAAGCUCACCAAAGCACUAUUAGAUAACGAAAUUCCUCCCUAUGCUAUUCUCUCACAUACAUGGGGAAGUGACGAACAGGAAGUCGAUUUCGAAGAUAUAAACUCAGGUAAUCGCAAAGCAAAAACCGGCUACGAGAAGCUCCAGUUUUGCGGAAAACAGGCUGCCUGUGACAACAUCGAUUAUUUCUGGGUGGAUACUUGUUGCAUUAAAAAGACGAGCGACCCUGAGUUGAGUGAAUCUUUGAAUUCUAUGUUCCGCUGGUAUAGGGAGGCUAGAAAAUGCUAUGUCUAUUUAUCAGAUGUAGAGGUCAUUCAAAAUGGUGUAGAGCAACCACAAAGCGUGUGGGAAGGGCGUUUUCGGGCCAGCCGAUGGUUUACAAGAGGAUGGACGCUCCAAGAACUCCUCGCUCCAAUAUCAAUCGAGUUCUUUUCACGGGAUUGUUGUAGGCUUGGUGAUAGAGAAUCUCUGAAGUUGAUUAUACAUGAGAUCACGGGAAUUGCUAUUGAAGCGCUCCAAGGAGUUCCUUUAUCGGAGUUUAGUGUUAUUGAUAGAAUGAAAUGGGCGGAAAACCGAAUUUCGACGAGAGAAGAAGACGCAGCAUAUAGCUUGCUUGGUAUCUUUGGAGUAUCCAUGUCAGUUAUCUAUGGCGAGGGAAAGGAUAAAGCAUUCAGGAGGCUCAACAGGGAGAUCGAGAGUAAUCCCGAUAAUCCUCCCUCCCCAGAUAAGCGCUGUCUAACUGAUCUGUUCACUACCGAUCCACGAAAGGACAAGCAACGUAUCGAGGAACUGAAAGGAGGAUUGCUCCUUAAGGUAUACGAAUGGGUCUUCAAAAACGCAGAAUACCAACAAUGGUACAACGACCAAAGCAGCCGCUUGCUAUGGGUGAGAGGAGAUCCUGGCAAAGGCAAGACUAUGUUGUUAUGUGGUAUCAUAGACGAAAUACGGACAUCAAAUAAUUACGCCUUGGCCUAUUUCUUUUGCCAAAGCAACGUCGAUACUAUUAAUAGUGCUAUCUCCGUCCUACGUGGCCUUAUUUAUAUGCUCUUAGAUGAAGAGCCUUCCCUCAUUCGGCAUUUACAAAAGGAAUAUGAGGUGUCAGGGAAGCAGUUAUUUGAAGGUAUUAAUGCAUGGGUGGCGCUCUCUAAUAUUCUGAAGAACAUCUUGCAUGAUGAGAGUUUGAAGCCAAUAAUCUUGAUUAUUGAUGCACUUGACGAAUGCGAAAAGGAUAUGGUCAAAUUACUUCGCCUGAUUGUUUCCAGUCUAACUGGGUUUCCUCGCGUUAAGUGGCUUGUCUCUAGUCGUAACUGGUCUGAAAUUGAAGAGGCACUAGGGCCGAUUGAGGAGAGAACGUCGCUCAAUCUCGAAUUAAAUACCCACACAGUAUCUAUUGCUGUCGAUUGGUAUGUAAGAGAUAGAGUGGGAAAACUUGCAAGCAAAAGAAAAAGUAUUGAAAAAAAUAGAACGACGGUUGAAUCGUAUCUCCUAGAGAAUGCGAACGGAACCUUCCUUUGGGUGGCUUUGGUCUGCCAAAAUCUUCAAGAACUUCGAUUCUUCACGACUUCAAUCUUACAAGAUUAUUACCCUCCAGAAUUGAAUCCCUUAUACGAACGUAUGCUACAGCAAAUUCUAGAUAUAAAAGAGCCUGGAGUAACUGGAGUAACUGAGCUCUGCCUUCAGCUCAUGGCUAUUGUAGUAGUAGCCUUUCGACCUAUUACGCUCUGCGAGUUGGCACGUCUGAUCGGAUCGGAAAUCCAUUUGGAAGAAAUCAUUCAACUUUGUGGCUCCUUUCUGGUCGUUCGUAAUCAGAGUAUCUUCUUCGUUCAUAAGUCGGCAAAGGAUUUCCUAUCAGAAAAGGCUGCUGAGAUAAUAUUUCCAAAUGGGAUCGGCAAGGUAAAUGAGAAGAUAUUUCUAAAUUCGAUAAUAGAAAUGAGCAAUAUAUUGAAAGAGAACAUAUACGACUUGCGUCAUCCAGGCUUCCCUAUUAACAAAGUCAAGCAACCCAAUCCUGACCCACUAGCGUAUAUACGAUAUUCAUGUACCUACUGGGUCAAUCAUUUUAUAGAUGGAAAUCCCCCAGAAACAAAAAACCAUGUUCAAAAUAAUGGCAAAGUCUAUAAUUUCCUAACAGAGCAUUUGCUGCAUUGGUUGGAGGUCAUGAGCUUGAUGGAAAACAUUUCUGGGUGCAUUGUUGCAAUAAGUUCUUUAGAAAACUAUAUCUCGGUAAGUCAAGAAAGCUUCAAAUAGCUUCAAAUAACUCCAACUGAUAAAUGUGAAGAUUGAGAAAGCUCCUGAACUUUCCGCUUACAUUCAUGAUGCCAAGCGCUUCGUCCUUUAUAGCCGAGUAGGAAUUGAACAAGCUCCUCUUCAAAUCUAUUGCUCAGCCCUUUUCUUUGCUCCAGAGAAUAGCAUUAUUCGAAAAAUAUUUCAAAAAUGUAUCCCGAGUUGGAUUUAUAAAAUAUCAAGGAUACGAUCAAAUUGGAGUGCUGUCCUCCAAACGCUUGAAGGUCAUUCGGAUUGGGUUUACUCAGUUGCCUUCUCACCAGAUGGCACAAAGAUAGCUUCAGGCUCUAAGGAUAAAACGAUCCGGCUCUGGGAUACAAUCACGGGCAAAUCGCUUCAAACGCUCGAGGGUUAUUCGGAUUGGGUUUACUCAGUUGCCUUCUCACCAGAUGGCACAAAGAUAGCUUCAGGCUCUAAGGACAAAACGAUCCGGCUUUGGGAUACAAUCACGGGCAAAUCGCUUCAAACGUUCGAGGGUCAUUCGGAUUGGGUUUACUCAGUUGCCUUCUCACCAGAUGGCACAAAGAUAGCUUCAGGCUCUAACGACAAAACGAUCCGGCUUUGGGAUACAAUCACGGGCAAAUCGCUUCAAACGCUCGAGGGUCAUUCGGAUUGGGUUUACUCAGUUGCCUUCUCACCAGAUGGUACAAAGAUAGCUUCAGGCUCUAAGGAUGAAACGAUCCGGCUUUGGGAUACAAUCACGGGCAAAUCGCUUCAAACAUUCGAGGGCCAUUCGGAUUGGGUUAGGUCAGUUGUCUUCUCACCAGAUGGCACAAAGAUAGCUUCAGGCUCUGACGAUAAAACGAUCCGGCUUUGGGAUACAAUCACGGGCAAAUCGCUUCAAACAUUCAAGGGUCAUUCGGAUUGGGUUUACUCAGUUGCCUUCUCACCAGAUGGCACAAAGAUAGCUUCAGGCUCACAGGAUAAAACGAUCCGGCUUUGGGAUACAAUCACGGGCAAAUCGCUUCAAACAUUCGAGGGCCAUUCGGGUUGGGUUAGGUCAGUUGUCUUCUCACCAGAUGGCACAAAGAUAGCUUCAGGCUCUAAGGAUGAAACGAUCCGGCUUUGGGAUACAAUCACGGGCAAAUCGCUUCAAACAUUCAAGGGUCAUUCGGAUUGGGUUAGUUCAGUUGCCUUCUCACCAGAUGGUAGAAAGAUAGCUUCAGGCUCACAGGAUAAAACGAUCCGGUUCUGGGAUACAAUCACGGGCAAAUCUCUUCAAACGUUCGAGGGCUAUUCGGAUUGGGUUAGGUCAGUUGUCUUCUCACUAGAUGGUAGAAAGAUAGCUUCAGGCUCUAAGGAUAAAACGAUCCGGUUCUGGGAUACAAUCACGGGCAAAUCGCUUCAAAGGUUCAAGGGUCAUUCGGAUUCGGUUAGGUCAGUUGCCUUCUCAUCAGAUGGCACAAAGAUAGCUUCGGGCUCUAACGACAAAACGAUCCGGCUUUGGGAUACAAUCACGGGCAAAUCGCUUCAAAGGUUCGAGGGUCAUUCGGAUUCGGUUUACUCAGUUGCCUUCUCACCAGAUGGCACAAAGAUAGCUUCAGGCUCUAAGGAUAAAACGAUCCGGUUCUGGGAUACAAUCACGGGCAAAUCGCUUCAAAGGUUCAAGGGUCAUUCGGAUUCGGUUAGGUCAGUUGCCUUCUCAUCAGAUGGCAUAAAGAUAGCUUCAGGCUCUAACGAUAAAACGAUCCGGCUUUGGGAUACAAUCACGGGCAAAUCGCUUCAAACGUUCGAGGGCCAUUCGGAUUCGGUUAGGUCAGUUGUCUUCUCACCAGAUGGCACAAAGAUAGCUUCAGGCUCUGACGAUGGAACGAUCUGGUUCUGGGAUACAAUCACGGGCAAAUCGCUUCAAAGGUUCAAGGGCCAUUCGGAUUCGGUUAGUUCAGUUGUCUUCUCACCAGAUGGCACAAAGAUAGCUUCAGGCUCUGACGAUAAAACGAUCCGGUUCUGGGAUACAAUCACAGGCAAAUCGCUUCAAAGGUUCGAGGGUCCUUCGGAUUGGGAGGCAUCCUCAGCCUUUGAACGGUACUUUAAGUCAAACCAUUGGAUAGCUGAAAGAUUAGAUGAAGAAGUGCGAAAUAUUCUUUGGCUACCUCCAGACUAUCGACCAACUAGUACAUAUUUUUGUAACGGAGUUAUAGUCAUGGUAUUUUCCACCGGUGGCAUUUUUUUUCUGAAAUUUGAGUAUGAAAAUUUCAUAUCAUAUAAAUAAAGAUUAGUUUCAAUAUAUCCAAUACUGAUUAACUUAUUUAUGUCUUGAAUAUAAUAUCCUUUUAUUUUAUUUUUCUCUUUUUAACAGAGAGGUUGGGGGAAGUCUAUGAUUAUAUAGACUUUCUAUUUGCCACCUUGAUUCCAGUAUGUUCUAGUGUAGUGAGGUAGUAGUUUUAUGUUACAACGGCUAUCUUCUAUGCCGCGUCACAUGACUAAACCAAGGUAACGUGAUUAAAGUCACGUUAUGGACCGCUGAGGAACGCUGGCUGUCCAGGGCCGCGCAGCGGUCCUGACUAGCCAUAGGCAUGAAGGUCUAUAUAAUCAAGAUGGAUUUCCUUUGUAUAGAGCUUCGUGCUCAAGAUCAAUCAUUUAGUAUACUCUACUAUUAGUUACGAAUUGCAACCAUUGAUAUUACUUUAAAGCUCCUGCUUGACGCCUAGUUAUAAACCAUUCGAGGAUCCAGGCCACUUCCACGUGAUCUAGAUCGCAACCCUCGUAACAAGAUGUAAAUUUGAUUCUGUUCCCAGCUUUAUAUCAUAUACUGUGUAUAUAUAUAUUAAAGUUUAUCUCUGAUUAUGGCAAGAGUUCUGGAAUCUACUCACCGCACACUAAGCG